AAACUGUCUGCGCUACUGAAGACCGUCAGUUUAAUUUCUACCCCGCUUCUACAUUUAAACAAAGGUUUUGUGCAGAGCUGUGGAAAAGUGUGAUAGACAGUAAUCACUGAAGACAAACAAUGGAUGUCCAUGAGCCUAAAGACAAAAACAAUGGCGUGUGGCUGAUCUUUUUCAUGCUGGGCUUAGGAACUCUCCUGCCAUGGAACUUCUUCAUGACAGCCACUAUGUAUUUUACCAGCCGUCUCAGAGACCCCACCCAAAUAUCAACCGACAAACCCUACGACCGUAGCCCUAUGGAGGCCGGUUACAACAACGUAUCAACACUUUGUGCAAUGGUGCCGUUACUGAUCUUCACCUGUCUCAACUCAGUCCUGCAUCACAGGAUUCCUCAAAAGUUCAGGAUCAUGGGCAGCCUGGCGGUGAUUUUGGUGCUGUUUCUUAUCACGGCCAUCGUGGUGAAAAUAGACAUGGCACCGGUCCCUUUCUUCACAUUAACCAUGAUCAAGAUUGUUAUCAUAAACUCCUUUGGCGCUAUCCUGCAGGGCAGUCUGUUUGGCAUGGCAGGGCUUCUGCCCGCCAAAUACACCACGCCCAUUAUGAGUGGGCAAGGUCUGGCGGGCACUUUCGCUGCCUUCUCCAUGAUCUGUGCUAUCGCAAGUGGCUCAGCACUAAGUGAUGCUGCUUUUGGAUACUUCAUCACAGCCUGUGUAGUGAUCAUAUUGGCCAUAAUGUCCUAUGUGGUCCUCCCUAAACUGGAGUUCUACCAAUAUUACAACAAGAGCCGAAGUGGGAACAGGCUUAGUAACGAGAUGAACAGGCUGGAAGAAAAUGCUGCAGUUCUCAACCAAGGAGAAGGAGAACAAACCGUGUCCAUGUUGACCAUCUUCAAGAAGAUCUGGGUCCUGGCUCUCUCUGCAUGUUUUGCCUUCACCGUCACCAUCGGCGUCUACCCUGCAGUCACUGUGGAUGUCAAGUCUACCAUCGCUGGUGGAGGCGCCUGGGAGAUGUACUUCAUCCCCGUGUGUUGUUUCCUGCUCUUUAACCUGAGCGACUGGGCUGGGAGAAGCCUUACUGCUGUGUGUGUGUGGCCUGGGAAGGACAGCAAACUGGUGCCCAUUUUUAUGGUGGCCCGUGUGAUCUUCGUGCCUCUCUUCAUGCUGUGCAACGUUCAGCCCCGCUACAAGCUGCCUGUGGUGUUUCAACACGACGCCUGGUUCAUCGUGUUCAUGAUCCUCUUCGCCUUCUCCAGUGGAUACCUGGCCAGCCUCUGCAUGUGCUUCGGGCCCAAAUUAGUUGCUCCUCAUGAGGCGGAGACGGCUGGUGCCAUCAUGGCCUUCUUCCUGUCCCUGGGUUUGGCUCUGGGAGCAUCCUUCUCAUUUCUCUUCAGAGCCAUAGUCUAAAAUGGCCCCCUGUGGGGAACAUGCAUAACCCAAACAUGACCCAUAACCCUUUGCAUUGCAACAGAUUCUCAACUGUUUGUGUUUAUUUA